UUGGCCGGAUUCUUCAACCCAGAAAAAGGUAUACGAGCCAGGAUGCAGAGCCGUUGUGGCAUCACACUACCUUCGAAGCCUCUCACAAAGUCUCACAUCCACGGGGCAUCUGGUCUCCCCCUCGAAACGUUAACCCUUGCUGAAGCUCUGGAAAACACAGCCAUGGAGUACCCAAAGAAAGAAGCAAUCAUUUAUCAUUCAAUAAAUAAAGCAAAAGAUGUAAUGUUGUUCGAAGAAUGGCAAAGUAAAUCCAGAAAAAUUGGUGCAGCAUUGAAAAAAUUCGGCAUCAACCGCGGUGACAAUGUCGCUAUACUGGUGCCUAAUUGUAAUGAGUUUCUGAUCGCUGCGUGGGGCGUCCUCUAUAUUGGGGCUACUGCUGUAUGCCUUAGCUACGAACUCAAAAGUGGGGAGGACAUUUUCGACAAAAUAAAGAGUGCUAAAUGCAGAGGCCUUUUCAUAUAUUAUGAUAACAGUCCUAUGGCAGACAGAGUUUUGAAACGUGCGCUAGAUCAGGAUAAUGGAUUGCAUGAAAUCGGAAAGCCAUUGAUAAUUUCCAUUGGCAAGUCUUUUGAUGGUACUCAUUCAUUUGAUAAUCUUUUAAAUAUUCCUUCACCUGCCGAAGUUGAUGAUGUCAUCAAGAAUAUGUUCAAACUAAACUGUGAAGAUAAUGCUUUUAUAGCUUUGACAUCUGGUAGCACAGGAACACCUAAAACGGUUAACAUGAACCACCAAGCUCUUUUAAAUUCAUUCUACUUCUCGUGUAGUUUAAAAGGUGGAAUGGAUGAAAAAAGCGUAUUCUUCAAUGAUCGCCCCCUCUCCUGGCUCGGGGGUCUGAUGCUGCCUGUAUGUGUGGUCAAGAUGGGAACAACUGGCGUAUCAAUUGACACAAGUACAACUGUAAGUGGGACACAGACUGAGUUCAUACUCGAGUGCAUGAAAUCCGAGGGUUGUACACACAUCAUAGCCAUGCCAUACCUUAUGUAUGAUAUCAUACAUAGUGAUUCAAAUAUCAAAUAUAGUAUCACAAGUCUCAAAACAAUAAUUGUCGGUGGACAAAAAAUUCCAGAAAAUCUUGUGCAGAGAAUGAGAGAUAUUUUCAAAGGACUAACAGUUGCAAAUGUAUACGGCUCUAGUGAAAUUGGUGGUCCUGUUGUAACUACAGCCAUAUCCGACCCUCUUGUAGUUGAUGGCCGCGUUACAGUUGGAUUCCCAAUCCCUCACGCUGAAGUGAAAUUGAUUGAUGAAAAUGGUUACAUUGUUCCCAUUAAUCAACCUGGGGAGGUAUGUCUGAGGGGGCAUAACUGGGUCAGCAAGGCUUUUCAAGAUGAACAUGGCUGGUUCCACACAGGUGAUAUUGGGGAGAUGGAUUCAGCUGGAAGACUGUACAUAUUUGGACGUUGCAAAGACAUGAUUAAACGUGGAACGCUUUCAAUAGUUACAGGUCCACUUGAACAAACCCUUGCUACGAAUGAGAGCAUUGAAGGUGUGUACGUGGUAGGUGUACCAGAUGAAAGACUAUAUGAGGAGAUAUGUGCUUGCAUUGAAGUGAAACCCGAUGCCAACCUUACUGCUGAUGACAUGAGAAGCUGGUGUGAUGAGGUGUUCACUGCAGAGGGAACAGCAGAUGGCAUUAGUAUGGCGCCAAAAUAUUUUGUAUUUGUUGACAGCUUUCCCCUCAGACCAAAUGGCAAACUUGAUAGAGGACAAUUGAAAACUUUAGCAAUGGCACAACUUAAAAUGUCAGUAUAA